AUGUCGGAUUCCGACCUCGAUUCAAGGCCUACCACGCCACUUCCAGAAGCUGGAAACGAAGCUGGAGAUACAAAUAGACCUACCUCACAAGAACGAGAUGCACCAGAACCUCCUAUGGCCAACUCAGAUCUUGAUAUGGAUGAUGUGGACAAUGCAGUAGCUGGAGCUGAUUCCGACAAUGAAUCGGAUCUUUCCGACGUUGAUGAAGCCAAUUUUGAUGAUUUUGACGCAAGUAAAGUUGCGUUAGAUGAGAGACCCAUGGUCGGCAUUGAUGAAGAAGUUGCGAAGACGCUAAAGGCGAGCAAGCGCAAGCGUGCAGAAGGCGAGGGCAAGAAACCAAAGGAAGGAAAGCGAGAUAAGAAGAAGAGACCGCGCAGAGACUCGGAUGAGGAUCCAGAUGGAAUGGAGAUUGAUGGAAAGAGGGUCAGAAAGCCCAAGAGAGUUGAGGGUGAAAGAAAGGAAAGGGAUAGAACGAAGGAACGAAGAAAGCCGACACCAGAACCGGAAAAUGAUGAAAAUCUUACGCCGGAUGAGAGGAGACGUAGGGCUUUGGAUAAGGCAAUGGAUGCUGCGCUGAAGAAUCCAAACAAGAGAAGAAGAAAGAAGGAUGAAGUGGAUUUGGAAGAAGCAUUCGAUGAUGAGAUUGCAGCUUUAAAGCUUCGAAUGGAAGAAGCAUGCCAGGCCGACAAUGCUGCUCGAGAUGCCAAUUCACCCGCAACCAGAAAACUCGAAAUGCUACCAGAAGUGGUCGCUCUCCUUAACAGAAAUACUAUUCAACAUUCUAUCGUCGACCCCGAUACCAAUUUCCUGCAGUCCGUCAAAUUCUUCUUGGAACCAUUGAAUGAUGGAAGUCUGCCAGCAUACAACAUUCAACGUGAUCUCUUUCAAGCCCUGGCACGUUUACCAAUCGAAAAGGAAGCACUUUUAAGUAGUGGGAUUGGUAAGGUCGUUUUAUACUACACGAAGAGCAAAAGGCCAGAAAUUGGAAUCAAGAGAAUCGCGGAACGAUUAUUGGGAGAAUGGUCAAGACCAAUCUUGAAGCGAAGUGAUGAUUAUAAGAAACGUAAGGUCGCGACAAAAGAAUUUGAUCAUCAGUAUGUAUCUCCAAAUACAACACAUGAUGUUCCUACUAACGUCCUCCUCAGAGCUGCACAACUUGCAAUCCGUCCCACGGGUUCUCAGUCUUCACAAAUACCUUCUUCUCAACGAAUACCACUCACAGCUCGUGACCUCGAGCGUCAACGUCUCCUCGCUCCAAAAAUCGUCAGUAACAGGGCUAGAAUGGAAACUUCUAAUACUAGUUAUUCGGUCGCCCCUAGAAGUAACUUUGAUCCAAGUAGAGGCUUGGAUCCAUCUACCAGACCGAUUGGUGCGGGUGGUGUGGAGGCAUUUAGAAAGAUGACGGCGAAGCAGGGGAAGAAAAGGUCAUAA